ACGCUGCUGCAGCCGCUCAGCGUCGUCGUGCGCCUGCCCAUCGACCAGAUACUCCACAUACUAUUAAAAAAAGUAUUGCUGACAAUCCCCGCUUAACAUGGUUUCGAUUAGCACUAUUUUGCUAUAGCGCUCACUUAAAAUUGAUACUUGAUUUCACUGAGCGCUCAGCCAGUUUUGCUAUAGUGCUCAAUGGAACAGCGAAUUUUGGCAGGAAGGUGGGGAGAAGCAGCUGUGGCGGCAGCAGCAGCAAGUGCGGUCAACUUCGUAGUGUGCCAACUGUUUGCCUUGCUUGCAGCUAUUUGGUUUCGAACAUACCUUCAUUCAAGCAAAACUAGCUCAUUUAUAAGACAUGUUGUUGUCACUCUUUUGGGCCUUUAUCUUGCAUUUUUUUGUUUUGGAUGGUAUGCCUUACAUUUUGUUAUACAAAGUGGAAUUUCUUACUUUAUCAUGAUCAUAAUAGGAGUGGAAAAUAUGCACAAAUAUUGCUUUGUUUUUGCUUUGGGAUACCUCACUGUGUGCCAAAUUACUAGAGUCUAUAUCUUUGAUUAUGGACAAUAUUCUGCUGAUUUUUCUGGCCCAAUGAUGAUAAUUACACAGAAGAUCACUAGUUUGGCUUUUGAAAUUCAUGACGGAAUGUUUCGAAAGGAAGAAGAACUGACUCCAUCACAGAGAUGCUUGGCUGUAAGACGCAUGCCAAGUCUACUGGAAUAUUUAAGUUACAACUGUAAUUUCAUGGGUAUCCUGGCAGGCCCGUUAUGCUCUUAUAAAGACUAUAUUACUUUCAUUGAAGGCAGAUCAUACCAACUGCAACACUCUGAAGCAAAUGGGAAGGAGGAUAUAAAAUAUGAACAAACGGAUCCCUCUCCAAAUAUAGCCGUGAUACAGAAACUCUUAGUCUGUGGACUGUCUUUAUUAAUUCAUCUGACUGUUACUAAGACUUUACCUGUGGAAUAUAAUAUUGAUGAUAACUUCAGAGCUACAGCAUCUUGGCCUAUAAGGAUUCUCUACCUGUAUGUGUCUCUUAUGGCUGCCAGACCCAAAUACUACUUUGCAUGGACUCUAGCUGAUGCAAUUAAUAAUGCAGCAGGGUUUGGUUUUCGAGGCUAUGACAAAAAUGGAGCAGCAUGUUGGGAUUUGAUAUCAAAUCUGAGAAUCCAGCAGAUCGAGUUUGCAACAAGUUUCAAGAUGUUUCUUGAUAACUGGAAUAUUCAAACAGCUCUUUGGCUUAAAAGAGUAUGUUAUGAGCGAGUGACCUUCAGUCCUACAGUCCAAACUUUCAUCCUUUCAGCCAUUUGGCAUGGUGUGUAUCCAGGAUAUUAUUUAUCAUUUCUAACAGGAGUGCUGGUGACACUAGCAGCACGAGCCAUGAGAAACAACAUUAGACACUUCUUUGUUGACUUCUCCCUUAUUAAGCUGUUCUACGAUAUCAUAACAUGGAUGACAACUCAAUUAGCAAUAAGUUACACAGUUGUGCCAUUUGUGCUGCUUUCUGUAAAACCAUCUUUCACAUUUUAUAGCUGCUGGUAUUUUUGUCUUCACAUUGUCUGCAUUUUAGUGUUGUUGCUAUUUCCAAUGAAAAGAACUCAAAAAGGAAGAAAAGAGCAAGAAAGUGUGCAACCCUCAUGUUCCAAAAAACUAAAGCAGGAAGAAAAUGCUUUCCAACAGAACAGUUAUUCCACAACAACUAAUAGUUUCAAUCAGAAGCAAGAAGUAACCCGCAGAUAUCCAUCACAGAAACAAUGAUUGGGGAAUACUAUGAUGAAUAUAUUUUGUAUGUUUUCAAAAUCCAUUUUUAGCACCUUUAACAGGGUUUGUAUUUGUUUGCAAAGAUGUUUAGUAAGAAAAGAAUGCAUUACCUAGGAAUAUCACAUGCAAUGGUAAGACUAGAAGCAAAGCAAAUUAAUCCCUCCCAUGUCAUGUCCCUGUGGGUCAUGCCUUGUAUAUGAAAUAUUACCAUUAUUUCAAUGGGCACUCAGGACUUACAACGUAUGUCCAUAGGGUCAUAUGCGUGCCCCUUUGCUGAAUGUACGUUGUGCAUCCCAAGGCACUGAUGAGGUAGAAAACAAUGAUCAAUCUAGAUUAACAUAUGGAAAGAAGUUUUUUCCAAAUGAAUGACCAUGCCUUAAACCCUCUAUUUACUGAAAUAUUGUUUCUAAGUGGUAUUUUCAUAUUUAAUAUUAUGUGAAAAUCAUAUGUCAGAAAGAUGUUGGAUGAUAUCAAAAAGAACAGGAACAUGACAUUGGAAAUCAUGGAAAGGAUCUGUAUCUUUAAAAAGCAUUGCAAUAAACAUCUCAGUAUUUGGAGGGUUUUCUUAAAGUAUCUGAAAUUUACAGUACAUUGCAGAACUGUAAAUGUUACUGAUGCCAAAUUAGGUUAGUUUGAGAGAGAGUCUAAUUGUAAAGAGCCCUUCUGAAAAGAAUUUUUAAAACUAAAGAUUUACCUUUUCAGAGUGGAUAACUCUAUUCUGGAUUCCUUUUAUUUUUAAAGUGAAGUUUCUAGCUAGAGACAAAAUGGCAACCAUAGUAGGAUACAGAUGAAGACACUGUGUAAACACCAGGCUUUGGGUACAAGUUCUUAUUAUCCUUAGGUACAAGAAUUUCUUAUUUUAUUUAAGUAUUUUACAAAUAUUUACUCUGAAUAUCUUAAGAAGAGUAAGAAGAAAUCAUUCAGAAGUUUAUCAGACAAAAUGGUUAGUUGAAAGCACUUACAGAAUCAAAAAUAGCCAGAUUACCUUGAAGUUAUAGCUCUAGUCCAUAGAAAGAUUAAACUACAAUGUUAAUGAGGGAAAGGGCACUUCACCUUAGAAAUACCCUGCAGCCUAAAAAGUCUGUGGGCUUUAAGAAUUAUUAUUUUUUAAAGUUAGAAUGUCAGAAAAAGAAUUCUCACACAUUUUUAGGUAAAUUGUGAGAAACUAAUGUUUGGGAAUAUGAAUCUGACAAUUCAUUUUGAUAUUCAAUCAUGGGAAUUAUCCUGCAAUUAUAUCUAUUAAAGACCAUUUAUUGUGAUAAUGGUCCCUACUGGAGAAAUGUCCUAAAGGGCUACAUUUUAUUUGAUUAUAUUCUAUAUUUUCAUAUGAUUUUUAGUAAAUGAAAAAACUGUUUAUUCACAUGUUGUUUUAACUUUAAAACGUAUACAUAGGAUGUCAGGAAAAAAUAAUGAAACUUUACACACGAGAUGAAUGAUUUAUACAUUUCUUGUUCUGGUUUGUUCCUUUGCGGUAAAGAUGGUCCUUCCAUCACCCUACCUCCCCACCAAGGAAAUUUCCAAUAAUGAAGAGCGUACCGGGGCUCUUCGUUUAGAUGUCUCUGUUUACGAGAUUUUAUAAGCAAAUGUGUUUUUGCCAGAAUGCCAGUGCAAUACAAUCUUCUCCUUUUUAGUAAGCUGGAAUUCUUGUUUUGUUAUGGAUGCCAAUAGAUGUGAUAAGGUUUAAAGAGGCAUUUGGCUUUAGUUAUGAAUUGCAGUAACAGUUGACUUGCUAUAGAACAGGGGUGUCAAAGACAUGGCCUGCAGGUUGGAUCUGGCCCAUGGUUUUGCCUGCGCCUGGGGUGUGUGCUUCAUGUGGCACCUGUGCUGGACUGGCCCUGCAUGCUGGAUUUGGGACUGAUUUAGAUCAGGCCCACAGACCACAGGCCUGGGUUAGAGCUAGCAUGCAGGGCCAGUCUGGCGCAGACACCACAUGUAGCAUGUGGCCUGGACUGACCCUGCAUGUUGUUCUCAGCUAGGGCUGGCAUGUGCUGCACAUAGCAUGUGGGGGCUCAAGUUGGUAUGCUGUGUGCAGGAUCCAGGGCUGGGCUGGAUUGGGCCCAACGUGGGCCCUGCCUGCUGGAUAAUAGUGCACAGGGCUGGCCCCGCGCACUCUGGACUGGCCCCAUGCAGUGUGUAGUGCGUGUUCUGAAUUGUUCCCAUGUGUCAUGUAUGUGUUGCAUGGGGCUGGAGCCACUAGUUUAGUGUGCACACUGCAUAUGGCAUCCACACCUGAGGGAUGGCUCCAGCAUGUGUGGACUGCCUGUGGUCUCAAUCCAGCCUGCAGACCUGUGUGCAGCCUACCACCUCCAACCCCCAUGCACCAUGUGCGGCGUAUGCCAGCCCCAGCCCAACUGAGGCUGGGUGAGUUUGACACCCCUGCUAUAAAAGAACAAACACACUCUCAGAAUUGAGCAGUAUGGUCAUGUCAAUACAACCUGGAUUGGUGCUGGAAUUCGAGGGGAACUGGGAGAGAGUCUUAUUCCAAAACAUGGAUAUGAGGGAGCAUAGGCAGCUAAAGCAGUUAGGUAAAUGUACCAGUGAGCACUAGUAGAGAGAUUGCUGGUAGAAACAGGACUGCCUGUUUCUGCAUUUACUGUGCUGAUAUUUUUUCUAAUUUUAGAAAUCCUCAACAUUUUGCCAUUGCUACAUAAAACAGAAAGGACUGUAAAUCUCAUUAGUUUUGGAUAAAAUGUCUGCUGAAAUAGUGCCCUAGAAUUUUAUCACUUUAUGAUAUGCCAAUUUGUGAAUAAGAAAAUAGGGCCAAAUUUUGCUCUCAGUGCAAAUGAAUACCUCCUGGGACUGCAGUGGGAGUUGUUUCUUGUCUCACUGCAGUAUUGGGCUCUCAUGAUUAGAUUAUAUUUUUCUUUGUCUCAUGUUACUUGUCUGCUUUGCUGUAUCAAAUGAAACAUCCUGUACUAAAUCCAGUUCAUGAAUUUAACUAAAAAUCCAAGAGGAGCCCUUGGUAAAGUUAAUAAUUUUAAAAAAUGCCUUCAUAUAACAAUAUUUAAAUGUAGUGUUUUCAUUUAAAGGAAUAUCACUUCAAUCAUUUUGGUGACUGUUUUACAGGGAGUUGUAUUUUAAUCUCUAAGAAGGACUAAGCUUGAAAUUUAUUGGAUGUUCAAAGUGUAACCUGUUUUUAAGUACAGUGCUUGGUCUCCUUUGACUGACAGUUUCACAUAUCCCUUAGGUAAAGGACAUGUGGGUGUUUUGCAUAUUGUAGACAGUUGUUCCUGGGUACUUGAUAAGGAACUAACGCUAGUUUUCAAUGUAGUCUCCCACGGAGUAACUAUUCACUAAUUGUUUUUAAUGUUUUAUGCUCAUACAUUCAUCGCAGCAAAUUAUAUAUAAAAUUAAUCUGAAUGAUACCUACUUAAAAUUGCUGUGGUAAAGGCAUUGUCAGUUUUACAGUUAUGUCCAUUUUUUUCACCCAUAGACAUUAUUUCUGCUGAUACUCACCGUAUAGAUUUUCAGUUUGUGCCACUUUUAAAAAGAACACUAUUCUAUGAAAACAUGGCUAUUAAAGGACUACACCGGGGUGGGCAAAAUAUGGCCCGUGGGCCACAUCUGGCCCGCUAGGCCAUUCUGUCUGGCCUGCAGGGGCCUCUAGAAAUUUUUUUAAAAUUCAUAUUUAUUUGCCUCUGGCUUCAGUCAAAAGUGACAGGAGCCAGGGGCAGUAGGACCCAGGGGAAGCCACAGUAGGCCCCUGGAAGAGCAGGGCCCACCCUGUCCCGUCCCCCGCAACCAGAGGGACCAUGAGACUGUUGCCACCCGUGCUGGAGCGGGAACCUUGGGUAAGAGGGGGUUAGGGGGCACGCUGGUCCUCACCUGGCCACAGGGCUGGGGCGGGGGGCUGGGAGCAAGGGGCACAUGGGAGCCAGUGCUGGUGGGGCCCAGAGCAGGGUGGCUCCCCUCUCUCCCUGAUGGGGCAGCCCAGCCCCGCUCCAUAGAGCCCAGGCAGCUAUGCCCCGGGCUCCUGCCACCCUGCUCUGGGCCCCGCCAGCACUGGCUCUGGGGCACUACUUGGCUGUUGCUGGCUCCCAACCCCCCUGUCCAGCCCUGGUGGAGGACGAGGGGCACCUGGGGCUGCUGGGGGUGGCAUGCCUGGCGAGGAAAUGUCCCAGGGUGCAGGGAGGCAGCGUGGAACUUCCAUCCCGUGCCUGAGGCUUGGUGCAGCAAUGGCCCGGCUGCCCCCUCCUGCCCCCCAAUGGGAGGCUCCAAUGGGUGCUGCCCCCCAUUGGAGCCCAUUGGGGGGCAAGCUGCUGCCAGGCCGCUGGGCCCCUGUGGGGCGGCGGGGACCGGGCCCUCCCCCCAGGGUGGCAGCAUCCACUGGGGACACCCGUGGGGAGGGCAGCCAGGCCGUUGCCAUCCCAAGCCUCAGGCACAGGAUGCAACUUCUGUGCCGCAUCCCUAGACUUCCCAGGCCAUGUGCCACCCCCAGCAGCCUCAGGUGGCCCCCUGCACUGCCCCCAGGGCCACCCAGGAGCUUCCCCGGGGCCCCCGGCCUCCUGGAAGCUGCAGGAGCUUCUAAAGCAGAAAAGCAGCUGUGGCUCUGCUGUGGCUCCUGUCACAUUCUCCCUGCCUGUGCCAGGGCUGGGGGACAAGCUGCUGUCAGGCCCCUGUGGGGUGGGGGAGCUGGGCCACCCUCCCCCCCCCCAGGGUGGUGGCAACCCCCGGGCCGCCCAUGGGGGGAGCAGCCAAACCUUCAAGCCUCAGGCGCAAAAUGCAAGUUCAGCAUCACCUCCUUCAGCUUCCCAUGUCCUGGGCCACAUCCCCACUGACUCGUGCCACCCCCAGUGGCUCCAGGAGCCUCCCACACUGCCCCUCAAACCUGACAGGCCCUUCCCUGGCAGCCCUCGGUCUCCUGGUGGCAGCAGGAGCCGCCAGAGCGCAAAUGUGGCCACGAGGCUUGGGGCAGCAAGUGCCCAGCUGGCUCCCACCUUGCAACCCUUCCUGCAAACCCCACAGCCACACCCUCCUCCAGACACAAUCACACAUUCCACAAAUACCACACACACAUCCACCCACCCACCCAUACCCCCCAACAUUGCUGUACACCCCACACACUAUACAAGAGUAAGAUUACAUUUUGAUCUAUUAUGCAAUCACUUCUACAUUUAAAGCACAAACACACAGGUAUCAGGACAAAAAUAUAUAUUUUUAAUUGAAUUAAAAUAUAAUAUGGGUAUUUGAUUUUUAGUACAUGUUUUUUUUCCCUGGUUCUAAGAUAGCAAAAACCCUCUUCUCCAAAGGAGUAGUUCCAGGGGCAAGGGGAGGGACUUCUGGUGGCAAGGGUCAGAGGUCAGGGGUGGGACUUCCUGUCCCAAGAUGGUGACCUAGGGGGUGGGGCAUCUGUCAAGGGGCGGGGUUACCCAUGUGGCCCUCAACAGCUUGCCAAAACUUGCUAAGUGGCCCUCUGCCCAAAAUAAUUGCCCGCCCCUGGACUACACUGUCAAGGUAGACGGGGCCAAGAUUAAGCAAAUACCAUGGGUGAAAUUCUGGCCCCUGUGAAGUCAGUGGCAAAACUUCCACUGACUUCAGUGGGGCCAAGUUUUUACCACAGAUGUAUUGCAAAAAAAUUGCCUAUCUGCUUACACACAUUGCCAUAUACAUUGUCUAUAGUAGCAUGCAAAGAUUUGACUGCUGCUUACAAAUACAUUUAAAUGCACCUAAUUUUAAAAACCUAGCAUUAAAUAAAAAAUAUGAAGUUUAAAAGUACCAUAUAACAACCUUUACACUGUUUCAUGUUGCAUUGUCUCAUUUUUGUAAUGGAACUGCUUAGUCUUAGAGGCACAGCCUGGGGCUGUGCCUGGGGCACCAUUGGUUGCCCCUCUGUACCAGUUGUCGUGGUGUGAUCAGCUGCAGCCGUAGCUGUUUUUGGGUCCCCUCUCCCUCCAAGGCUGCUGCCCCAGUCACCUCCCCCCAGUUGCACUAAAUGCUUAGCUUCUUUCACUUUUCAAAUGUUGACAUCUUGUGAAAUUGGUUUUGAAGAAGGGGCAGAGGGGGUUGUAUAAAAAUGGAUGCAUUUUCAAGUGAGCACUUUGAAAGUUUGCAGUUUUUUCCUGAAAAUUGACUAGUUUUACAAGACCACAGUGAAAUGCACCAUUUGAGAAUUUAAUUGCACACAUUUUACACCCACUUAUCAUGCGGUAGAACCCUGAUUCAGCAUAGCAAUGAAAUAUGUGAUCAGCCUUAAGAAUCUAAGUUUUUCCCUGCAUGGCAUAGCGCAUAGGGAUGUGCUUUGGUCCCACUGAGGGCAUUUGCUUGAAGUUAAUUAAGCACAUGACUUAGUCAUGGUGAAUAGGAUGACUGUAAGCAGGUGCUUAAGUACUUUGCUGAAUUGGGGCCUUACCUGAGUGAGGCAGUGUUUCCACUGCAAAUGCUGCAAGGAAGCUUUAUUAAAAUAAAACUAUUUUUAAAUGUUUAAUUUCUUAGAGUCAUGUAUUAAGAUUAAAUUUUUGUAUGUUUUUUAACAAACCUGAUUUUCAAGCCUAUCUUUGUAUCCCUUUAAAGAAUAUUUUAAAAAUUUUCCUAGCAGCAUUUUAGUUACAAAAAUUUGCAAAAGCAAACAAAUGUAAGUUUGCCAUCAGUUCAUUAUCCUCUUGUAUGUUGGUUGCUAGUCUCCCAUGAUCUAGGCCUGUUCUAGCAUUUUAAAAGAUGGGACAGCCCCAUUGUCAUAACUGUUUAAUAUACAUAUCCAUAUUGUAAAAACAUCAGCCUGUUGGCUAAGAAACUGUUAUGUUCUAUCAUAUGUAUAACCCUAUUUAAAAUUGUCCUGACAAAUGUUUUGCACAAGUUUGUCCCCUCAGUUCAUACAACAUAUUCUUCUGGUUUUGAUUAAAUUCUCUUUUCAUACCACUUAAAAGAAAAUGUUAAGCCUCACAAAGUUAUUAGAGGCAUUAAGGAAAGUGAUCAACAGUGCUGCAGCAGCAAGAAUUAUCAGGUCCCAGGGCUCCUGACCAGGUUUCUGAAGUAGAAAUAGAAUUGGUAAACCCAAGUGUAAAUGAAAAGUAAAGGAUGUUUUUUGGUUGGAUUUCCAAAACAACCCUCAUAAGGAUUUUUGCAGCUAGGCUUUAAGUAUGUAGUUUGACUUCAUAUAGCCAAAGUCUAUGACUAGGAAACUGUGUUUUCAGACAAAAGUUUCCCCUUGUGUUCUUGAUCAUCUAGUCCUGUUCCAGGGAAAUCCUUCAAUGAAAGGUACCCUUUCCUCCAUCUGUAAUUCACUUUUCCUUGUCUGGUAGAGCAAUUGUCUACUUCUACUAUGUUCUCUUCAGGAUAAGCAGGUAACUUUGGCCAAUCUUUUGCUUGGGGUUAGGGCUGUUUUGCCUCUUCCUAACCUUGGUCAAAGAUGGUAUAUCCAACUUGCAGUAGUUUCAGGUUAAUGAAACCAGAUGUUGAGAUAAGAUGUUUGUUGUCUUAGAGUGAAGCAUUGUAUAUCAAAGGUGCAAAAACAUUUUUCACUGUUAACAGUAGGUUAAAGAAAAGGAGCAUAUGCCUACACAUUUUUGCCUUUUUUAUACGUUUAUCAAAUCUCAACGUUUUUGAGGAUUUUUUUCACUUUGUACAUUUUUUUUGUCCAGUAAUAUUGAUAAUUUCUAUGAAGAGACUUCUGAUGUGUCUUAAAGUGACAGAGGUGUCAUAAACGAUGCAGUAGUGGCUAGGUAGUUAUUUUUAAACCCCAAACCUCAGAUGUAUUCUAGAUCAAUUAGAAAAGAAAAUUACAAGUGUAUUGAAUGGAAACUAGUGUAAGAUGAGUGAAUAUAGCAUUGUUCAAAUUAUAUAAUAAAAUGUAAUAAAUUAUUCAAAAUUUAAGAAUCUGAACUAUUGGAAUUUUAGUUCUUUUCUACUUUGGUUACACAUUCAAACAUAGUUUUACCUCAAUACAAAAGUAGUUAUGCAUCCAAAUAUCCAUAUGUUGAGAUGAGAAUACACCCCUAAAAGUGGAUAGUUACAGUACUCUUAAAUACUGGCCUUUCCUGGUACAGAGUAUAAUUCAUCAUCAGUGAAUUUCAUUUUUAUUAUUCCAAAAUAUAUAUUUUUUAAAAAGUGUUAUUUUUCAACAGAUCCAUAAACUAGGUCUUGGUGUAUGGUAAAUUUAAAUACCACUGUGUUAGUUACACUGUGAUGUGAUAUUUUAAUAAUUGCUCAUUUCUAAUUUGUCUCAGCGAUGCUACACAGGUAGCAUGCUGUUAUGUUUCAAAGGUGUUUUUAACUUGCCUAUAAAUGUUUUUCUAAUUUGUGUCUUUAAAAUCUUAUUAAACAGUAGUUUAAAAAAACUC